UUACCUGGGGCAUCAAUUCCAUCAGUGUUGGAAUUGCCUUGUCACUCUACAAACAACGACUCAUUCAUCACAUUCACCUCUACCACCAAACGACGCGACUCACAGUCCCCCGACACAUCACAUCUUUCCAGAAAUGUGAUGUCCCUAUCCUUCUCCAUCUCGUCUAAACCCAACAACCCCCGAAUCAGCAUGAGAAGCAUAAGCGAGCCAUAGAAACAGCCACUCACUCAUUUGUACUAUAUGCAACCUUUGCCACUCUCAAAUUCCAUCUUGCAAGUUUUUCAUCCGCCAAAUUCCUGCCAUCAAUUGGCCUCCCGGAUCAUGUCAUUGUAAUUCAAUCAUCAACCCUACGACAAUUCAUUCUCCUUUGUUCAUCCCCGAACAAGGCCAACCUGGCAAGCUUGGAUCCACCCUUGAGCAUGGCCUCCACAGAAAUCCCCCAGCCAUUGGCUGACUAUUUCUGGAUUGCAGGCCUCGACAGCCAGCAAUUGUCCGAUGCAUACUCCCAACAGCGUUGGUCAUACGAGCCUCGUGACAUUUCUAAUGGCGUCGACACCUCAAUUCAGGAAGAGACUACCCCAGACAACGACUCAUCCUCCGUAAUAAAGUCAUCACCUGGAACCAGCAAACACUCACGUCAUGACUCUUAUCAACGCCUCUCUCAACUUUCUGAUGAAGCCAGGUUCAGCAUUCAGAGUCUAGAUGAGUUGACUCGACCCCAAAGCAGCCGGAGCAGUAUCACCAUACGCCCCACGAACGAAUCAAACCUUCCCAGAAGCUCCAGUGGUUUCACCGAGCUCGACUUUGAUAAUGCCAUCCAAAAAUUCACCAAUGACCGUGACGCCUUCUUCCUCGACCUCACUUUUGCCGCUCCCUCUGAACCACAGAAACCGCAGAAACCACCACAGAAACCACACAAACAUACUCCUUCCAGAUCCAGGCCACAGACCCAAGUCAUCGUGGCUUCAGACGACCCAGGUCUAUCGCCCAACCGCAAUUUCGGGAGCAUUCGUCGACAUUUGUCCUUCAAGGAUAUGGCGAGUACCAAACGACAGCCAUCAGUCGCCCGCCAUCUCUCUGUACGAACCUCUCGCAGAAUGAGCAGUUACAAUUCUGUCAUCCCGGAUCCAUCUCCUUUCAAAGCUUCUCCCGAUAAGCAUCCACUAGCUCGGAAAUUUGAGCCUGUCUUACUGGAAAGAUAUCCUAGACCAACUACUGUCGACAGGUUUCCUUCUCGAGUGCCUUUUCCAGACUAUGUCCCCAUGUUUGCAUUUCCAGGUGAUAUCAAAAUUCAAUCUUCCGACACGAGGCCGCGGACCACCUGGCACCAGUUCUCCAUGACUGCUUCCGACAAUUCAAGGCUGUUCGGGGUUCAAGUCACAGUAUGGAUCCCUGUCAGCCCAGAGAUCGCCCUCGAUAUAGAGCGAAAAUGUCAAGAGUGGCAGAAAGACCAUAUGUCCGACGCCGAACGAGAAAUGGCAGCUUCUCUUGCAGAUCGUCUUGCACUCGAAAGUGCUAAACUAUCCAGACUUCUCGUCCAGCUUCCUCAAUUGCCUGAUGGUUCUCACGCGAGAGAGGAACUAGAAGAGGAGAUCAGUGCCGUCGAGGAAAAGAUUGGUGUCAUGUCCGAGAUGUUGAGACCUCUCCGCCAUGGAUCCAAUCAGGCGAUUCCGGGCCUCGCCACAGGAGACACCAAGUUCUGGAUCCCUCGAGCUUAUGGCAUCAUCGGUCGAGACGGCGCUAUGCUCAACUUCUGGAGACAAUGGCUACGUGCUGUGGUCGUCCCAAUGAUGGAUGGUUCUGUCCUUCGUAUACCUCCAAGCUCUCCCAAGACAGGAAUGUGGCAGCCUUUGGAACGUUAUGUCGCAACUCUAUGUCUAGAAGCUCCAGCUCCCAUUUCAUCCAAGACUCAGGUUCAGGUCUCUGUCCGCGAACUGCACAUCUUUGCGAAAAAGGAAGCCAUCAAUGAAUUGCCUGGUAGCAGAACGACUGAUUUAUACCCGCUCUUCAGAACACUGACUAUUCCCAACAUUGUCCUAUUAUUCGAAUACGUUCUGGCAGAAUCUAGAAUUGUACUGCUGUCUAGCCACACUUCCAUGCUUCAGAUGGUUAGCCGGGCCAUUCUGGACUUGAUCUGGCCGCUGGAGUGGACUGGGGUCUAUAUCCCCGUUCUCCCCGCAAGAUUGGUUGGAGCUCUGGACGCACCAUGCCCAUACAUUUGCGGAAUUGACCGAAAGUACGACAAGCACGACCUUCCAGACGACGAUUAUGUGUUAGUCGAUCUGGAUAAGAAUGAGUUGUUGAGCUUUGCCGCACCGCCUCUACUGCCGAAGCAACAAAGACGGAAACUGAUGUCUCUCCUCCAUCAAGCCGCACCCCUGCACCACAGCUUUGGAGUGGUCCCUGGUCCUCCCGCUUAUGCCGUGGAAACAUUCCCAUUCGAUACCUUUGCCGCCGAGAACGAGUCGGUAUUUACAGCCAUCACCAAAUCGACUAAUCUAUCUAAACUCGCUAGUCUCAGCUCCACGGCAUUCGGCCCACAGGCCUCCGCAGACACCAUUCGUCGUGCACCCAUGUUCAACGUGUUCCUCUCUGGAGCGGUCACACGCGGUAAAAGUAACGAUGGCCGACCACAGACAUCCUCGACCAUCCGUCAAUCCAGCCAGACGGGCUCCGACGGCCAGUCACCAAUCAUGGGUAGUUUCGCGCUUCCAUCAAGCUCAGCCAUGUCACGAAACGACUCGGGCUAUGCUCUUCAGACGUCAUUACGAGAAAAGAGAUCAGGCCACUUCGAUUCUAUUUCGAAACGCAGUUUCUCAGGACCACAAACCAUGAUGCGCAAGGCUAGUAUCCCAUUCAUCAAGCACAAUGCCACUCCAUCGAAUGCAUCCUUGUCCGACAUGCGUAAUGGCUCAACGUACGCGGGAUCGGUAUAUGCGCAGUCCACACUAGCGGCAUCGACCAUCAUGCCUGGAAUGGCAGUCCACCCGGCGACCGCCUCUCCCGGUAGCCAUUGGGUCGAAGGCCACUGUCUGGAAUGGAAAGUCGGCCAAGGUCCGUCAACGUGUGUGUUAUGCGAUGAGAAAGCACAGGACGAUUACUACCGAUGCGGUGGAUGUGGGUUCGUGGUUCACGACCGAUGUGCCGCUCAAAUCACCAUCGUAUGCUCAGCCGCCUUCUUCCCAGACCAGAUCCGCGCCGCCUUUGUACGUUGUUUAGCCAGUCUCUUCUACACGUAUCGACGAUUCAUGCAACCAAUGACGCAGACAUCUUCAUCCACACCGCGUGGCAAGAAACCUGCUGCUGCCGCCAACAAAUCCCUCUAUCGAUUCGAUCGCGACGGCUUUAUCAAGUCCCUCCCCGCCGACCACGCCGAAUACAUGGACAUGCUGCACCAGACACAAGCGUGGAACGAAUUCAUCAUGGACCGAGAAGAGAACCCACCUACCACGCCGUCAAUUGCUCUGUUCGACGCCAUCAUUACUGCCAAACGUGGCCGUGCUGGUCUACUCCGUUCCUCUUUACCGGGUAUUGGCCUCGGCCGCAAGAGUUUUGCUUCUCGCUCCGUCUCAGCGGCAGGUCUUGGCGGUGGUCGUCCUGAUAUUCUAUCUGAUACAUCAACUCAUCAGUGGCGGAUUAUCAAUGUUCCCGGCAGUUCGGAACGUUUAGAUCUGGGAGCUGCUGCUAAAGGUCGUGAUUAUCGCGAUAUUGUCACCAGAACACCAGCCAAACUCGAGGAGGGUCUUUUCAAACAAAAGGAAAAGGUGCCGGAGAUUCCGACCUCCAAUAACAACACCCCCAGAAACCCACGGCUUAGCUCGUUGAAUGCCAGAUUCAAUGGGCUGGGCAUGAAUGCGCCGUAGCGUGUCAAGUCUUUGAUGAAAAUGUCAGAUUAAACUAGAGGAUACAGUCAACGGUUAACAGUCGACGACCUGCUCAUCAUAAUCACUAUCAUCGGAUGCCUGGUCUACAACACUGUAUUCUAUCAAGUAUGUGCUUGGCUUUCAUCCAUCCAGCCAUCAAUCAAUCAACCUCUCCGGCGUGUCAAGAGGUUACCCGUGCUCAAAGAUCCCUUCUCACCCAUAGACGUCCUCCACUGAAUGGCCAACUGACCCAGAACAGCUCUCCCAUCUCUCCUCAAACUGGCUUUCAGCUCUUCCAAACCAUUGGUCUCUCCCUGAACCUGCUGCACCACAAAAGCGACCUGCAUGACAUCUCGUGGAUUCAGGAUCGGGUUGUCAACGUCUGCUCCCUCAUGCUGCUCAGCAUCCCAAUUCAACGAGGUGGAUUUGAACGGCGAUUUCGUCUGCAGUUUUGCGUCUUCCAAGACAAUCGUCGAGUCCGACACAUUUUCGAGCUGCGCCUCCAGAGCAUACCUCAACAACGGCAGUCUUCCAUACGGACCAUGCGACUUGUCGGGAACCUCCCGCGGUGCCAACUCAGUGGCUUUGGUGCGCACACUGAUACACGGCUGGGCCAGGAACUGGUAUAAUUUCCGAAACGAACGAGCUCGUCCACUUGUCGCCGAUCCAUCACCACUCGUCGUCUCGGUGUAUGACAGAUUGACCGCCAAGACAUGGUUGCCUUCCUCCUUGAGAUCAUACCGGAUAAUCCGCUGCAGACUCUCACCAGGCAUCGUUUCCUCCGAGAAAUCCAGCCCAUCAGCCGCUUCCAACUCCAACGGAACCGAUUGAGUAGGCGUCUGCAUCUCAGCUAGGAUUUUUGUCCCCGUGGCUGUCUUGGUUGUGGUCGAUCCAGGGAUCAAUUCAUUGUUCGCGCAUAACGCACAAGAAAAUGUUUCUCCGACGUGAGCGGAGCCAAAUGAAGGCGGUAAUGAGAGAUUGUUAGAUAAUGCAAACUCAGGAUCCGAGGUUUCGGAUGGAUAUGCUAGUGAUGCGGUGUGGGGGAUCCGGAUGUCGCUGUCGCGCGGUAAUGCAUGCU